AUGGUCGGCGACGACAACGAUGACGACGAUCCACAAGAGUCAUCUACAACUCGUCGUCGUCCUCCACCCAAGCCUCGUCCGCUUGCAUGGUCCAAACGUUCUGGCCCCAUGACCUCAUCCGCUGAGGAGGAGAUUUUCGAGGCCAGUUUUUCCAGGCGCUCAUCAAUGAUUCAAAAGACCCCCGAUGUCGAUACAGAUCAACAAUCCUCCCCGUCUCAUGUUCGACUUGCUGAUGGCACUUCAUUGACAUGUGCCAAAUUCGACUCUCUUGCAGAUGAAGAAUUAUGCGCUGACACCCAAGAUGGCGAUGUAGAAACAACUCCUGCAUCGGUUGCUGAAGCACAUGGCACUACUGCAAGCAAGGAUCCAAAUCCUGCCUCUGAAAUUCAAUCAAACGAUCCCAAUGGUGGGACUUCAGCUACUCCUACUGAGUCGCACAACACAGGGCAUGGAAGCAAGGACCAUGGCAAGGAUACUUCAGCUGCCUGUGCUGAGUCACACAGCGCAGAGGAUGGCAGAAAUAAUUCUGCUACUCCUGCUACUGGCCGCCCGCGUAGGUCAUGCGGCAUCAAGUCAUAUGCACCUGAUCGUAACGACGGUGAAGAGAGCUCUCCAUCUGACAGUGACUGGGCUGCCGACCAAGAGCUGCGCAAGAAAGCACAACGAGCUGCUGUUGAUGCCGCUGCAAACGAUGGUGACGACGAUGAGGCUGUCCCUGCAAGCAACUCCCCGUCUCCAUCUCGGUUGACGGCCACACAAAAGCAAAAGUCCAAAGUGGUGGUGGACGUCAAUGAAAACAACGACAGCGAAGACGAGGACGACGAAGACUUUGUGAAGAUCAAAGGGAGAAUACCUCAAGCAGGUAUCUCAAAGGCGCAGGAGCUUGGAAAGAAUACGUUGGAAGCCGCCAGAGAAAUUGGAAAAGAAUAUGGGAAGAGUACGUGGUUCGCAGCCACCUGCCCCCCGCCUAAAGGAGCGUCGGGAGCUGUGUCGCCAGCGGAUCUUAAGGCUUGGAAGGUGAAGCAACGAGCUCACUACAAGGCCCACCCGCAUGGUGACCCUCAGCACGCAUCAGUGUGGAAGGAGAUCCUGGAGAACUGGGAUCAUGCUGUCGUGGGUUCAACCGAGGACCUUACAUCACGAUCUGCUGCAGGUCUGAUGAUGGCUGUUCGUGAUGCUUUCACAAAAUCGGCUGCAUACUGGCAUCGCACCCAUGGCAUUCACAUUGCCGGUGUGGCAAUAUUCCCUGGUGACGAAGAGGCAGGCCGCCAAGCAUCAGGACUGUUCGCCGGCUCUGACAUGGUCAAGGCCCUCAUCAACUCACACCAACUGGAUAUCAAGCGUUGGCUAGAUGAGCUCACCACUAUCCUUAAGUACAAAGACUUGGAGGCCGCACACGCCGAAGGCAAGACGUUCAGUUUACUCCCCCCUUCUUCCACCACUCCGAACGGUACCCUCUUGUGUAAUGGCAAGCCAGCCAGGGAUAGGAACAGAAAGGUGGCGCCCAUGAUGAUCAGUGAGAAAUUUGCUGAGGCUGGCCACCCGCUCAAAACCUCGAACAGUAGGUGGUUGACCAUGUUGGACAUCCUGUAUGCCGAGAAGCUUUGCAUACAUGAUUGGCCCACUGGUGUUCCCCCGCCUGGCCCCGAUUUUGAUCUCAAGGCUCUAUCUGCAAGUCAACUACGUGCGUUGGUUGCUCCUUAUCUCAGGAUUCAUCUCGGAGCCAUGUACGAGGCCGAGUUAGGCCUUGACGACGACGACGACGACAGCGAGGCAGAGGCAGCGAAGGCGAAGAAGCGCAAAGGCAAGUCCAAGAAGUCAGGCGACAAAGGAAGGAAGAAGGGGCCGAUUGCAGAGGAGCCAAGUGUAGUAUUGCAUAUCAGCAGAUGGCCUGAAAGUGAUAUUCUUGCUCUUGAGAUGCAGGCCUCAAACGCGUGUCUCAUCCCCCUCAUCAUCGACACUGACGGCAGGGUCGUUCGCGCCCUCCAAGACUCGGAGAAGUUCAUCAAGGACCUUCCAAAAGACGACACUCCUAGACGCCGCACCAAUGAGACAGCUUCGCGCUUCAACAAUGCAGCUCCGAGCUCCAAUCGUGAAGCUUCGCGCUCUCACCAAUAUACUAACCGAGCUAUCCAUGAGGAUCUCCCACCUUCAUCGCCGCCUUCAUCACCACCCCAGGAAGCCCCACGCUCGCGUCACCCUACUAAUCGAGUCUUUGACGACCUCCCGCCUUCGUCACCGUCAACACCAUCUUCGCAAUUCUCGUCUCCCCCUCCUAUUUCACGCUCGUCAACUCCAGUGCCAACUUCAGAUUAUUCGCACGUCCGGUCCCACUCUUGA